AGUGAGGCGAGUUGGGUGGCAAAACGCAACCAAAACAAAGUCGGCCUAAUGCGGUGGAAUGCAAAUUUCUGGUGAUGGUACUCGAAAAAGUUGAUCUCGAAUAUCUUUGAGUGAUCCACGGUAAAAAUCUGUAAACCUUAAUUCCACAAAAAGAUCAGGAUUUGAAAACCGGGAUUUCAUUCCGGGAUUCAGAUCAGGAUUUGACAUUUCGGACCCGGCCAGAGAGAGGUCUGCGUCUGGAACCUGGAACUAUACCUUUUUAGCAUGAUAACACAGAGUGGGCGAGUGGGCUUUUGCCCUGCGUAGUGCGUUGUUUUCGUACACUAGUACACACACACACACACGUCACACACACUGGAUAAACCACGCCCCCUUAUUUGUGUGUUUUGAUUUUGCAAGACGGGAGACGCCCACGUCAUACAAAAGUCAACUCAUUCGUUGCAUUGCAUAGGAACGGAAUAUUAUUAUAAUGACGUGCCUUUAUAGAAGAAUGAUCCUGUCCAGAUCCAGAGUUGCGUCCGCUUCAGCGCCAAUUACAGAAGUCCUCUCUGUCAACCACCCCAGAGGAUUUGCAACGUCAAUAAAUUACGUUCCCCAGCACAAGCCUGUCCGAAGUGAAGAUGUGGAACCGCUCAUCGAAUUUGUCCAGAGCAGCAAAAAUCUCUUUGUGAUUACGGGGGCAGGAGUGUCCACGGAGUCUGGCCUUCCAGACUACAGGUCGGAAGGCACCGGCCUAGUUGCCCGAAGGCCCAAUUUCAAGCCGACAAAUUACCAGGACUUUAUGAAAAAGGAAUCGACCCGUCGCAUCUACUGGGCGAGAAGUUUCACAGCCUGGAAUUAUCAGACGCAGCGAAAACCGAACAUCACCCACUACACUCUUGCAAACUGGGAGGACCGAGGAAAAAUCGGCUGCUUGGUGACGCAAAACGUGGACAGGCUGCACCAGAAAGCUGGCAGCAAGAAAAUCAUCGAACUUCACGGCACCCUCUUUGAAGUUCGGUGCAUGGGCUGUGAAAAUAUUAUCGACAGAUGUCACUUUCAAGAAAUUCUGACAAAGGCAAAUAAAAGCCUCAUUAACCUGGAUUUCGAGGCCGCUGCCCUGAGGCCGGAUGGUGACAUCGAACUUAGCAAAGAAGUAUCUCAAAAUUUCCAAGUACCAGCAUGUGAAAAAUGCGGGUCUGGGAUUUUGAAACCCGACGUUGUUUUCUAUGGGGAAAAUUUACCUCUUGGAAAGAAAGAUGAAGUGAGGCAAGAACUGGAAAAAUGUGAUUCAUUGUUGGUGCUCGGUUCAACCUUGCACACACGGUCUGGGAGAGACCACGUCGAAUACGCUUUUAAAAAAGGUAUUCCGAUUGGUUUGAUCAACAUCGGGCCUUCUUUUGGAGACAAUGUAGCAACGUUCAAAAUAAACAGCAAGUGCGGGGAAGUAAUGAGCAUCGUGGCUCAAGAGCUUUUGUAACAAUAAAAAAGCUACUGUUAUUUGUUGAGUUACGA